GGGCUUUCACCUUCGACUACUCCUUCGAGCCGUCGGCGGCGCAGCAGGAUGUCUACGACACGUGCGUCAGGAAGCUGGUGGAGGCGGCCCUCGAUGGCUACAACGCCACUGUACUCGCGUAUGGACAAACGGGGUCAGGCAAGACAUACACCAUGGGCAGCGGCUGGGAGGGCGAAGGUGACGGCGACGAAGACCGGCGCGGGAUCAUCCCGCGGGCGAUACGCGACCUCUUCGCCGGCGCCGACCAGAGAGCUGAAGAGGCGCGCGCGCAGGGUCACCUCCCGCCCGAAUUCUCCGUGCAGGCGCAGUUCAUUGAGCUCUACAACGAAGACAUUGUGGACCUGCUUGACCCGGCUAAGGAUCCGUUCGCCAAGGGCGCGCUAAGGAUAACAGAAGACGGUUGCGGCGGCGUCCGCGUAGUAGGUGCUUCCAUGCGGGCAGUCCGCAGCAUCAAGGAAGCACUCGGCGCCCUUCGCGCUGGAGCCCUAGCCCGGACCACGGCUGCCACCAACAUGAACUCAUCCUCCUCGCGAUCCCACGCAGUCUUCACCCUGCUAAUGAGGCAGAGGAGACUCGCUGCCGAUCUGGAAGUCACCGAAAAGGAGGUCGACGCGGAAGCGCCGGAACAGUUUGAAACGCUGACGGCCAAGUUCCACUUUGUUGAUCUGGCCGGCUCUGAGAGACUUAAACGGACAGGGGCCACCGGUGAGCGAGCCAAAGAGGGGAUAUCCAUAAACUGCGGGCUCCUGGCGCUCGGGAACGUCAUAUCGGCCCUCGGAGACAAGUCGCGGAAAGUCCUGCACGUGCCCUACCGAGAUUCCAAGCUGACGAGGCUGCUUCAAGACUCGCUCGGAGGCAACAGCAACACAGUGAUGAUAGCGUGCGUGUCGCCUAGCGACCGGGACUUCAUGGAGACGCUCAACACAUUAAAAUACGCGAACAGAGCUCGGAACAUCAAGAACAGAUGCGUCGUCAACCAGGACCUCACGUCGCGCACCAUCAACCAGCUGCGGCAAGAAGUGGCGCGGCUGCAACUGGAGUUGGCAGAGUAUAAACAGGGUAAACGCGUGAUAUCAGAAAACGGCGAAGAAGGCUGGAGCGACGUGGUGCAAGAGAACGCGAUUCUAACGGGCGAGGUGGAGGCGCUCCGCAGACGCGUGAAGGCCAUGCAGGGCACCAUCGAGCAGCUGUCGGCGCGGAACAGCGAGCUGGCCGCCGAGAAGGCGCUGGGCCACUGGGCGCCCAAGGACGCCAGCCCUGAUGCCACGGACUGCUCGCUCACCGCCCUGGUCCAGGGCUACGUGAGCGAGAUAGAAGACUUACGAGCGCAGCUGAUGGAAGCGACGGCUCUGUACGAGGCCAGCCGCCGCCGCGAGCAGAUGGUGGGCCGCACGCGACACGACUCCGUGCACGAUACGUCCUCCGUCAUAGACGACGCCAAACGGGAGCUCUAUAAGGAAAAGGAGCUUCUAGCCCGCAGCAUGGGCGAGCUAGAAUUCCAGCGCAAGCUCGAGAUGACCGAGAGCGUGACGAGCGAGCGCGACGAGCGGCCCAUCGGCGAGCGCGAGCGCGCGGAGGGCGAGAGCGCCGACGACUCCGAGCCCUCCGACGACGACGACACCGACGCCGACGACGCCGAGACCAAAGGGCAACGCGAUCUCACCGCUCAGCUGGCAGCCUUGAGCGAAGACAUCGACACCAAAGCGCGGCUCAUAGAACAGCUGGAAGUGUCGCAGCGGCGGCUCACCGCCCUAAGGCAGCACUACGAGCAGAGGCUCGACACCCUGCACCACCAGAUCAAGGCCACCAACGACGAGAGGGAUAAAGUUCUGGCGUCCUUAGCAACGCAAGCAUCCCCACCUAGUGAGAAACUGAAGCGCGUCAAAGACGAAUAUGAACGGCGGGUCUCUGCGAUGUCCCGCGAGCUGCGGCGGCUGCAGGCGGCGCAGCGCGAGCACACGCGGCUGCAGCGCUCGCAGCAGCACACCACGCAGCAGAUCCUGGCCCUGAGGAGCGACCUCCAGAACAUGAAGCGGGACAAGGUCAAGUUAGUCCAAAGAAUGCGAAUGGAAGCGAAACGCCACGCGCAAGCUGAAGCCGCGAGAGCUAAGGAGGUAGCGCAACUGCGAAAAGAAUCAAGAAAGAACGCGAAUUUGAUCAGAUCAUUAGAAGCAGAAACGAGGCUGAAAGAACAGGUACUGAAACGCAAGCAAGAGGAAGUGUCGUUGCUUAGGAGAGGCCACCGCGACAAGCUUAGCAGUCGCGCUGCGGGCAGAUUGCAUGAUCGCAACCGCAAAAACAAAAUGGCGCACUGUCGAGAGGCGUGGUCCAAGCUCGACUGCUGGGUGUCCCGCGUUUGCGCCGCGCGGACCACGCUCGCCGAGCUGGAACACGCGCUAGAACAACAGCUGCGCCAGCGGGACACCGCCACGAGGGCCGCGCGGGACACGCGCGAUCCCGACAAUGAGCAGCUGCUGCAGUACUUGCGGACUGCUAUAGCUGACACGCAGACGCACAUUAUGCAGAUCGAGGAGGAGAAUGACGAGAACGAGCUGCCUCGACUACUGGAGCAGAUCGAGUCUGUGGAGGCGGCGCGCUACGCGCUCGAGCGGCUGGCCGCGCUGGCUGCCACGCACGCGCACGACGCCGCGCGCGCGCGCGCCUUGCUGCAGCACACCGGCGCGCGCCUCAAGGAGCUGGAAGAGAACUCGGAGCGCGCGGCGAGCGCCCUGCGCGCGGCCGGCGACCACAACCUGAACCCCUGGGCCGUGCCGCCGCACGCGCUGCACGCGCUGCUCGCGCACGUCUCCUCCGGCUCCUCCACGCGCGCCGUCUCGCCCACUGACAGCACGCUGCUGGAGUUGCGUCGGCAGCACACGAACGGCGUGCGCGAGGUGGCCACGGCGCCCGCCUCGCCGCCCGACGAGCCCGCGCCCUUCCAGAGGAACACCGUGCGACGCGGCUCAGUGCGACUUCGCGACCUCGGCGUGUACGGGCGCGACGACGACCCUAUGACGCAGUCGCUGGUGGAGGCCACGCCCCCGCGGCCCGCGCCCCUCGCCCGCGUGCCCAGCGCGCCCGGCAGCCUGCGAGGCCUUAGUCCUCUGGGGGGCACGGGGGCGCAGUCGCCGGUGUCCCCGCGGCGCGUGGCCGACAGCCCGCGCCUGCCGCGCCGCCAGAUACCGCAGCCCGUGCAUAAGCCCGCCUCCUUAGAGGCCGCACGCACGCCGCCCGCGUCGCCCGGCGCGACGAGGCGCGCGCGGGACGACGACGUGUUUCUGCGACUCGCCGGCGCGCAAGACACGCUGCCGCAGGGCGCCGUCAGGGAAAUGCCGCUCAAGGUACACUCGGGCGGCGGCGGCGCGGGCUCGUCGUGGGUGCAGUGCACGCACGUGUGUGAGGGCCACGCGGGCGCGGCGCUGGCGCUGGCCGCCACCACGCAUUUGCUCUACAGCGGCGGAGUCGACCGCUCGGUCCGCGGCUGGGACCUAUCCGCCGGUACCGAGGCGUGGCGCGGCUGGUGCGGCGGCGCCGUGAGCGCGCUGGCGGCCGGCGAAGGCGGCGACGCGCGCCUCGUGCUGGCCGCCGCCGGCGCCGCCGUGCGACUGUAUGACACGCGCAGCCGCACGCCUGUCUCUACCUUGUGGUCGAGCGGCGUGAGCGGCGCGUGCCCGUCGAACCGCGGCGUGGGCGAGGUAGCGGUGACGGCGCUGGCGCUGGCGCACGCGCACCGCCUCUACACCGCCGCCGCCGACAAGCUGCGCCUGUGGGACCUGCGCAUGUGA